AUGCUCUGCUCCUCCCUCCCCUCCGGCAAGAUCCAGCGCGCGGCCUCCCUCUCCUCGAUCCAGAUCGAGGCACCCCGCUGCCCCGCCUUCGUCUCCCUCCGUCUCCCACCCGAUGGAGGCCGCGGUGGGGGAAGCGAGGGGUCUCGGCUUCCCCUUCCAUCGCCGCACCACUCGUCCGCUAGCUCCCCACGCAGGCGGAUACAGAUGGAGGCGGCCGUCGCCGGGCACGACGACUCCACGGACCGCUCCUCCGCACCCUUCUCCCCCUUCACCGAGAAGCUGGACUGCGCCGGCGGCGCCGGCUCCCCCACCCCCAAGAAGGCGCCCCGCAAGGUCCCCAAGACGUCCCACAAGGUGCUGGACGCGCCGUCCCUGCAGGACGACUUCUACCUGAACCUCGUCGACUGGUCCUCACAGAACAUGCUCGCCGUCGGCCUCGGCACCUGCGUCUACCUCUGGUCCGCAUCCAGCUGCAAGGUUACCAAGCUGUGCGAUCUGGGGCCGAGGGACAGCGUCUGCGCCGUGCACUGGACGCGUGAGGGCUCCUACCUCGCCGUCGACACCAACCUUUUAAAUGCUAUACAUUUCAGUAGUGCUAUAUGA